AUGCCGAACGUCGCUCACUUGCGUCGUGAGUGGGAUGGUCAGCAGCUCCCGAAUCAUGAGGAUGGCUGGGCGUGGCAUCUUGCAAGCUUUGCUUUGCCGAAGAUGCUUGACGCUAUCCAACGUUGGAAUUGGUGGUUGGCGAGGGCGAUUGGUGGUGAGGUGGACGAGAGCCUCGCGGGCCCGGAGCAGCGCCUUGUCUACCUGAGGAACCUCAGCGAGAUGUCGAUGCGGGUCGAGGGCGUGCCGGAGGAGAGUGGAGUCCACGGAGAUCAUGGGGGUGCCGGGUGGAGUGGUGACCGAGGACGGCCAGUGGCAGCUGCGGCGACACCGUCCUCUUGA